AUGAACCGCUUCAAUGGGCUCUGCAAGGUGUGUUCGGAGCGCCGCUACCGCCAGAUUACCAUCCCGAGGGGGAAGGACGGCUUCGGCUUCACCAUCUGCUGCGACUCUCCGGUCCGAGUCCAGGCCGUGGAUUCUGGGGGCCCGGCAGAGCGGGCAGGGCUGCAGCAGCUGGACACGGUGCUGCAGCUGAACGAGAGGCCCGUGGAGCACUGGAAAUGCGUGGAGCUGGCACACGAGAUCCGGAGCUGCUCCAGCGAGAUCAUCCUGCUCGUGUGGCGCAUGGUCCCCCAGGUCAAGCCGGGGCCAGAUGGCGGGGUCCUGCGGCGGGCGUCCUGCAAGUCAACCCAUGACCUCCAGUCGCCCCCCAACAAGCGGGAGAAGAACUGCACCCACGGGGCCCAGGCACGGCCAGAGCAGCGCCACAGCUGUCACCUGGUGUGUGACAGCUCGGAUGGGCUGCUGCUCGGUGGCUGGGAGCGCUACACUGAGGUGACCAAGCGCGGGGGCCAGCACACCCUGCCUGCACUGUCCCGUGCCACUGCCCCCGCCGACCCCAACUACAUCAUCCUGGCCCCGCUGAACCCUGGGAGCCAGCUGCUGCGGCCUGUGUACCAGGAGGAUGCCAUCCCCGAAGAAUCAGGGAGUCCCAGUAAAGGGAAGUCUUACACGGGCCUGGGGAAGAAGUGUCGGCUGAUGAAGACGGUGCAGACCAUGAAGGGCCAUGGGAACUACCAGAAUUGCCCGGUCAUGAGGCCGCACGCCCCACACUCAAGCUAUGGCACCUACGUCACCCUGGCCCCCAAGGUCCUGGUGUUCCCCAUCUUCGUUCAGCCUUUAGAUCUCUGUAACCCUGCCCGGACCCUCCUGUUGUCAGAGGAGCUGCUGCUGUACGAGGGGAGAAACAAGGCUGCCGAGGUGACGCUGUUUGCCUACUCUGACCUGCUGCUCUUCACCAAGGAGGAUGAGCCAGGCCGCUGCAACGUCCUGAGGAACCCCCUCUACCUCCAGAGCGUGAAGCUGCAGGAAGGUUCUUCAGAAGACCUGAAAUUCUGUGUGCUGUAUCUAGCAGAGAAGGCAGAGUGCUUGUUCACUUUGGAAGCUCACUCGCAGGAGCAGAAGAAGAGAGUGUGCUGGUGCCUGUCGGAGAACAUUGUAAAGCAGCAACAGCUGGCGGCGCCGUCCCCUGAGAGCAAGAUGUUUGAGACAGAGGCAGAUGAGAAGAGGGAGAUGCCCUUGGAGGAAAGGAAGGGGCUGGGUGCCGAGGACCCCUCACCCAGCAAGGACCCCUCCUGUGGCCAGGAUCCUCCUCCAGGACAAGACCUUCCACCCAAAGAGGACUCCUCUUCCAGCCAGGAACCUUCUGCUGGCCCAGAAUCACCAUCCAGCAAAGACUCACCUUCCUGCAAAGAGUCCCCUCCGGGCCAGGAACCCUUGCCAAGCAAGGACUCCUCACCAUGCCAGGAACACCCUACAGCCCCAGCCUUCUCUCCAUGCCAGGACCUUCCUGCUGGGCAAGAACCCUCUCCCAGCCAAGACCCUCUAAUCAGCAAAGACCUCCCUGACAUCCAGGACCCCCCUGCCCAGGACCUUCUGCCCCGUCAAGACCUGCCCCCCGGCCAGGACCCCCUGGCAGCUGAGCCCCUUGCUAAGGAGACCACGAGCUCUGGGGACCCACCAGCAGCCACAGGAGACUCGCCUGUGGCCUCCAGGCCAAACUUCGUGAUCCCCGAGGUCCGGCUGGAUAGCACCUACAGUCAGAAGGCAGGGGCGGAGGGGGGCAGCUCGGGCGAUGAGGAGGAUGCAGAAGAGGCUGAGGAGGGCGAGGAGGGAGAGGAGGACGAGGACGAGGACACAAGUGAUGACAACUAUGGAGAGCGUGGUGAGGCCAAGCGCAGCAGCAUGAUCGAGACGGGCCAGGGUGUCGAGGGAGGCCUCUCGCUGCGCGUGCAGAACUCGCUGCGGCGCCGGACGCACAGCGAGGGCAGCCUGCUGCAGGAGGCCCGCGGGCCCUGCUUCGCCUCCGACACUACCUUGCACUGCUCAGAUGGAGAGGGCACCGCGUCCACCUGGGCCAUGCCUUCGCCCCGCACCCUCAAGAAGGAACUGGGCCGCAACGGUGGCUCAAUGCACCACCUUUCCCUCUUCUUCACAGGACACAGGAAGAUGAGCGGGGCUGACACAGCUGGGGACGAUGAUGAUGCCUCCCGGAAGAGAAAGAGCAAAAACCUUUCCCUGACCAGGGAUCUUACCCGGGCCCCCUGCAGUGGAAGCACGAAGUCCUAACCACUGGACCACCAGGGAAUUCCCAUGGAGCCUGUUAUUUUUAAGCUUGGUGCAGAACACCCUGAAGGAGGUCCACAGCACCCCAGCUAAGUAGCCUUUGAGCCUCUAGUGACAGGAGUCCAUUUCCCCAGAGGGCACUCAUUCCAUCUUUUCAUGGCUCUGAUUGGAGGAAAGUGUUCCUUUAGCUUCCUCUUGUGGGUCCCUGUUCUGCUCUCUGGGCCCACAUGGGGACACAUGAGGCACCGCUGAGCUCUGCCGUCCUUUCUCGAGUUGCCCGUGUGGCAACCAGGGACUUCCGAGGACCUCUCCAGCUCUGCCCUGCAGCCGUGAGUCUGCCCAGCUGUGCAUCUGGGAGGAAAGGCUUGUCUGGGCAGGGGCUUCAGCCUCCUCCAGCCACAGAGAAACAGUGGUCUCUGAGCCAGCAAGGAGCCCAGGUGGAUGGUGGCAGCCUACAGGUUGGACCUCAGGCAAGCUUCUCCUGCUCCCUGGGAGCGGGCCAGGAGCAGGGGCUCUGAGACGGAGCGCUGUGCCCCAGGAAGCCAGGCCCUCUCACUCCUAGCCACGCCAGGGCUGUCCGAGGGCCUUGACCCUGACCAGAGGGCUGCCAGUCCCUGGACUCCUUGGCCUUAUCUCAUUGGCUUGGCAUCUGCUAGAGCAGGAUCCCAAUCUCUAAUCAGCUGUCCCAGACCCUCGGGACAAGUAUGGAUUAAGCCUGAGUGCUUUUGCCCCAGGCACUGUGCUAAAGCUUUCUGUGCAUUUUCUCCUUGCCUCAAAACAACCCCAGCAGAUGGUAGGUACUAUUAUCAUCUGUGUUUAACAGAUGAGAAAACUUGACAUUCAGAGGGGUUAGGUAAUUUGACAAAGGGCACACAGUUGGUAGCUGCUGGAGCUGUGAUUUGAACCCAAGACUGUCUUGCUGCAGCACUGUAGCUUUUAACCUCCACCCUGGACCACUUUCCUUCAUUAAACAGGGUGUCCCAUAGGUCUUAGUGCCCUUUGAAGCUUGAAUAACUUCAGAAGUAUGCUCCCAACUUAUAAAACACAUUUGAAAGUUCAGUUAUCCAAAUUUCUGUUACACUUACUUAGCUUUGUGAUUUUGAUAACACAUUUUUAAUUUUACGCAUUUAAUUUUUGGUUAGUCAGCAUUUUUCAUCUGUAAUCAGAAGGACAGAGAUCAAAAAUUAAAACAAAAAAAUUAUUACUCACAGUCAUAAGACUAAAUAUGCAGGAAAAAAUUAAUUCAUUUCAAAUGAUGUUUUUGAGAGUUUACAGGAUUUGUACUUUUGAAGUUAUUCAAGCUUAAAACUACUGAAACUUUGUGGGACAUUCUGCAUGUUCAUGGAUGGAUGUAUCCAAAGCCAAUGACAGGCUGAGCUGUCUUCUGGCACGAACUAUUCUCUAGGAGGUGCCCAGAGUAGGGGUCUAGGGACAAGGGGGAGGCACACAUGAGCAUGAGACACUUAACCCCUUUCUUGCCAGCAGCUUGCCCAGGGCUGAAAUCUGCCUGGGGGAAUGGCAGGGCUAAAAAUGGUUCUUGGCUAAAAAUAGCCAGUCCUGCCACCCAGGUGGGCAGAGCCUCCCCGCUCCCUCCCACCUUCCCUCCCAGCAAUUUGCUGACUUGU